AUGUCAGCAGGGGACAAAUCUGCGCUGACGUCGCUGCUUACUCUGAGCCCCAUAAAGCGCAGCAUGCUCACGAUGGAGCUGAAGUCCAAGGCGUUGCUCCAGCAGGUCAAAGAGCAAAAGAAAGACGUGGAGAAAAUAAAGCUGAAGGUGGCGAGACUGGUACAACAGCAAGUGUGUCUCGGGCCAGCUGGCAGCGUGUUCGUGAAUACGGAGCUGGACAAGCUCCAAAAGCAACUCACGGAGCAUGUUGAGUUGGCUUCUGUGGGCACACCGCGUGUUGGAAGAGUUCAUGCACUUCCAUCUGCUCAUGUCCAUGAGCACGAAUGA